AUGAAACUACUCCCAUUGACAUUGACCGCGCUUGCGACUGUCGCAGCCGCAGCCGACGGGUAUCCUGGAGAGAAGUUUACUUACGAAAGGCUGGACAAGAACAACUCUCUGCUCCUCAUCGUAGACCAUCAAGUCGGUCUCUUUCACACCGCGAGAGACUUGGACCCGAACCUGUUCCGGGACCAGGUCACGGCCCACGCGGCGCUGGGCAAGAUCUUCGGCCUCCCCGUCAUCAUGACCACGUCCACACAAGCCGGCCCGAAUGGCCCUCUCCCGAGAGAAAUUGUGCAAAUGCACCCCGACGCGCCCCUGAUCCUACGAGAGGGCGAGGUCAACGCCUGGGACAACCAAGAGUUCCGCAGCGCGGUCGUAAAGACGGGCAAGAAACAAAUCAUCCUGGCGGGCGUCACCACCGACGCCAAUGCCGAAGCCUCGGGGACGACGUCCGCACUGGUCCGCGACAUUUCAAACGACGCCAUGUCUCGAGCCGGGAUCCAUGUUGUCAGCCUGUUCUCGAUUGCAUGCGACCUCAUGAGGGACUGGAGAGGCACCCCCGGAGCCAAGGAGAUGAUCCCCUUCUUUGACGAGUACUUUCCCGUCUGGGGCCAUAUUGCGCGUGCCCACCAGGCUGCUGUGAGAAAGGGAACCGUUCUGGCGGGGGAGGAGAAACUGAACGGUUAA